CCAGGCUCGGGGCGCAGGCGGACCAUGGCGGAGGUGGGCCGGGCCGCGGUGCGCGACCCCGGCGCGCUGCUCCCGGGCGGCUUCUGGGCGGCGGUGGCCGUGUGGCUGGAGAGGCCGCAGGUGGCCAACAAGCGGCUGUGCGGCGUCCGCCUGGAGGCCCGGCGGCGCGCUGCCCGGCCCGGGACCGAGGCCCGCGGCCCCCGGCCCAGCGCAGACCCCGGGCGGGAGGAGUCGGCCGCGGCGGGGUGCGGGUCCGAGCAGGGACCGGGACCCGGGCAGCGUUCCCCCGAGGGCGGCUCGAGCCCCAGGCCGGGCGUAGGCCCCGAGGAGUCCCCGGGCCGGCACCAGGGAGGGGAGAGCGAGAGGGAAGCAGCCGCAGCAGCGCCUCUGCUCGCAGGGGCCCCCGGGCAGCCCGGGGAGGGCGACGUCCCCGCCCCGGACCUGGGUUCUCUCUGGGACGAUUUCUCCCGGAGCCUCGUCGGCGACCACCGGGAGAUGCUGGCCUUCCUCACAGGCCCGGGGGCAGGGCUGCAGGCAGAGGCUCCGCACGAGCUCGACGUGGUGCUCAGGACCGUCAUCCCCAAGAGGAGCCGGCACUGCCCGCUCGCUGCUCCGCGGAGGGAGAUGGUCGCGCAGGAUGUCCUCAGUGGAGCGGUCACAUUCCUACCUUUGGAAGAAGAUGACCAGGGCAAUUGGAAGGUUCAGAUGAGCAACGUGUAUCAAGUUCGGCUCAGCCGCAGCGAUGACGAAUGGUUCAUAUCUGUUUUGAUUUUCUGUCCAGAAAGAUGGCAGUCGGAUGGGACUGUUUAUCCCAAACCCGCCUGGCUUGGGCAAGAGCUGCCGGCCCGGCUGGCCCGGUGGUCUGUGGCGAGCGGGGGCAGCGGCUUCAAAAGCACCCUGUCCCUCCUCCCCCUCCUCAAGUACAGCCGCACGUACCAGGAGCUCAAAGAUCGGUACCAGCACUUGGUCCAGGAGUGGCCCGAAGUGACUGAUCCUGAGAAGUUUGUGUACGAAGACGUGGCUAUUGCUGCCUACCUCCUGGUUCUGUGGGAAGAAGAGCGAGCCGCGCAGGGCGUGACAGCUAAGCAGUCCUUUGUGGACCUGGGCUGCGGAAACGGCCUCCUGGCACACAUCCUGAGCGGGGCGGGGCAUCCAGGCAGAGGGGUUGAUGUCCGAAGAAGGAAGAUCUGGGACGUGUAUGGGCCGCAGACUCGCUUAGAGGAAGCUGCCAUCACCCCGAGCGACGAGACCCUCUUCCCUGACGCCGAUUGGCUAAUCGGGAACCACUCCGAUGAGCUGACCCCGUGGGUCCCUGUCAUCGCGGCCAGGUCCUCCUACCGCUGCCGUUUCUUCGUGCUCCCCUGCUGCUUCUUCGACUUCGCGAGCAGGUACCGCCGGCGGCAGAGCGGGAAGACGCAGUACCGCGAGUACCUGGACUUCGUCCGGGAGGUGGGCUCGGCCUGCGGGUUCCACGUGGAGGAGGACUGCCUGCGGAUCCCUUCCACCAAGCGCGUGUGCCUCCUGGGGAGAUCCAGGACCUACCCGCCCGCCGCAGAAGCCCUCGCCGACCAGCACAGGACCCAGUACAUCAGCAGCCGCGGGGGCUGCCUGCCGGCCGCCCCGCCCCGGGGCCGCGCCCCCGCCCCGCCCCGGGCUGAGGCUGGCAGCGUGGACCGCUGCCCCCGCGGUCCUCCCGACGGUCCCGGAGCCCUGGAGGCUGGGGCCGAGGGACGCUGGCUGCCCGGCUUCCACCCCCGAGACAGAGCUGAGCGCGUGAGGAACUGCACCGCCCUCCCGAGGGAGUUCGUGGACCGGGUGGUUUUGCAAGUGGCAAACCUGUUGUUGGGCGGAGAGCAGCGAAGCCCAGGGAGUCCUCCCAGCGGGAGUCCGCAGACCUGGAGCCGAGGAGCGAGCCUUUCCCUGGCGGAGGUCGCGGGCGAGCUGGACAGGGACACCCUGCGGAGGCUGAAGCGCGAGUGCGGCGGCCUGCAGACGCUGCUGCGGAACAACCACCAGGUGUUCGCAGUUCUGAACGGGCGAGUGCACUUUCGAGACUGGAGGGAAGAGAAACUGCAGGAGGAGAAGCUACCGGAAGCCAAGCGCAGGCUGCUCUCCACGGCCUUCAAAACCCGCCUCUGCUGGUUCUUCUCGCACCACCCCGACGGCUGCGCUCUGCCUGCCGACUGCUGCCCCUUUGCCCACGGGCCUGCGGAGCUGCGGCCGCCCCCGGCCUCCAAGAGGAAGAAGCGGCUUCUGGAGCGGAGUUUCACUUGGUGCUCAUUUACCUAUCGGUGAGCCGCUGUGAUCGGACGGAGGCUGGCAGUAGGCAUUGAUA